AUGGAAGCAAUUGCUACUGGUGCUGCUGCCAAUAUCUCUUCUGAAACUGCAAAGGGUAUCUUUCAUGAAGCAAAACGUCAUAUCAGAUAUGUAGUUUUCUACCAGAGAUACGUCAAGAAUUUCGAAGACAAACUUCAGAAGUUGAUGGACAAAAGAUCAAGCGUGCAGCAAGAUAUUUUUGUUGCAGAAAGGAACGUGCAGAAGAUUAAAGCGGAUGUUCAGGGUUGGUGCGAUAGAGUGGACAAGGUUAUCGCUGAAGAGGAGGAUAAAGUGGAUGAUCUUCAAGUCAAAGCAAACAAGUGCUUCUUUGGCUUCUGUCCCAACAUCAAGUCUCGACACAAGCUUAGCAGGAAAGCGGAAGAAGAUGCCGCAGCUUUUGAUGAGCUUGUCAAAGAAUGUCAAUUUAGCAGCGUGGGCUACCGUGAUCUUCCACAACCCAUAGUGGGUACAGACUUUGAGUCCUUUAAAUCAAGGGAAAAGGUUGUCGAUGAAAUCAUGGAGUCACUGAAAGAUUCUACUGUGAGCAUGAUCGGAGUGUACGGGAUGCCUGGCGUGGGGAAAACAUCACUAGUCAGAGAAGUUCAUAAACAACUCCAGGAGGCUAAGUCAUUUGAUUCGGUGGUUAGGGUCACUGUAUCUCGGACACCUGACAUUCAGAAAAUCCAAGACGAAAUAGCAGAAUAUUUGGGUUUGAAGAUCGAAGAAAAGAGUACAGUUGUAAGAGCUAGUACAUUACGUGAAAGGUUAAAUCAAGGGAAGAAUCAGGAUAAGAGGGUUCUUAUUAUUCUGGAUGAUAUUUGGAAGAAACUGGACCUAGAGGAAGUCGGAAUUCCAUUUGGAAGUCAACACAAAGGAUGCAAGAUACUGUUGACGUCAAGAAAUGAAAAUGUUCUAAGCAAUGGAAUGGGUGCUACAAAGACUUUUAAGCUUGGUGAUUUAGAUGAAGAAGAAGCCUGGGAGUUUUUUAAGAAGAUGGUUGGGGACAGUUUUGAAAGCGAUAAAGAGCUGCAAUCUACAGCAAUUGAGGUAGCCAAAAGAUGUGCAGGAUUGCCGCUUGCCAUUGCCACAGUUGCUAGGGCGUUGCAAAAAAGAAGUUUAUUUGUUUGGAAUGAGGCUUUACGACAGCUACAGAGGCCUUACUCAGAAAAUCCAAGCGAGAUAUCUGCUGAGGUAUAUUCUGCUAUUGAAUUGAGUAUCAAUCAGCUAUGGGGUGAAGACCUCAAGCAGGUUUUCUUGCUUUGCAGUCUAUUGCGUCGUAACACUAGAGUUGAAGACUUGUUGAGAUAUGCAAUUGGUUUGGGUUUAAUUAAGGGAGUGGGCACCCUGAAAGAAGGACUAGAUGCGUUGUUAACAAUGAUGAGUACCCUGAAAGCAUCUUGUUUGUUGCUUGAUAGUAACACCAAUGAUGAAUGCUUUGAUGUGCAUGAUCUUACUUAUAUUGUGGCCAAAUCAAUGGCUUCCAAGGACAGUCAUGUGUUUUCCUUGAAAAAUGAUGAUGUUAUGAUGGAUUGGCCAAAUGAAGAAUCAAUGAAAAAGUGCAACAAGAUUUGUUUGGAAUAUCCUACUCUCAACAGUCUUCCUGACCAGUUAAAUUGUCCACAACUUUCUCUUUUCCUUUUGUUUAGCAAGGAUCUUUUCCUGACGUCGGAUGACUUCUUCAAGAAAGCAACAAAUCUUAAAGUCUUAGCUUUGGCUAGAAUGCAAUUUUCUUCUUUACCUUCAUCAAUUCGUCUACUAACAAGCCUCAACACAUUGUGCCUAGAUCACUGCAAACUGGGAGAUAAUAUUAGCAUUAUUGGAGAGCUAAAGAGCUUGGAAAUUCUUAGCCUUUUGGAAUCUGAUAUUAGAUUUCUACCAAAAGAAAUUGGGCAACUGGUGAAGCUAAAGUUGUUAGACGUGAGUCGUUGUGCUAAGCUCAAAACAAUUUCAGACGGUGUGUUGUCAAGUUUGUCAAGAUUAGAAGAAUUAUAUAUGGGUGGGACUUCUAUUCAAUGGGGACAAAGCAGUGCCACUCUUGCUGAUCUAUAUGCACUGUCUCGUUUGUCCACCUUAGAAGUUCAAAUCCCGGAUGCUAAGGCGACACCACACGACUUCUUUCAAGUGUUGCAGAAAUUGGAAAGAUGCAAGAUUUUUAUAGGAAAGGAAUGGGAGUGGGAGCGGUUUCGCAGCUACCAAUAUUCAAGAACCCUAAAACUGAGGCUAAACACAGGCAUGGAUGAUUUGGAUCUUGGAAUUAAGAAGUUGUUGAAAAAAACUGAAGAUUUACAUUUGGAUGAACUCAAAGGCGUGAAGAUUGCAUUGCGGGAGUUAAUAGAUGAGGAAAGCAUAUCGCAGUUGAAGAAUCUGCAUAUCCAAAAUGGUUUAGAUACUGAAUACAUUAUCAAUGAUGAAUAUGGGUUUCCUCAAUUACAGUCUCUGACACUGCAUGAUCUUCCUAAGCUCAUUAGCUUUUGCCCUCAACACGAACCCGGUGCUACCAGCUUAUUACCUCAACAUGAGUUGCCACUUUUCAAUAAAAAGAUAUCGUUCCCUUACUUAGAGAAUUUGUGGCUGAAGUCGAUUAAUGUUACGAGGGUAUGGCACAAUCAGCUUUCAAACUUUGAGAUAAUUGGGUGCUACUGCUUAAGAGAGAUCAUUUUUAUGGAGGAAAUAGAAGAAGAAACCCAGGCUGCUAUAACUUUAUCAUUAUUUCCUCAGUUAAAGUCUUUAAAGCUAGAGGAUCUUCAGCAUCUGAUUGGAUUUUGCUCUGACUAUCAAAUUCAAGUUAUUGAAUUUCCAGCCAUGAAGUCACUGACGGUAGACAACUGUCCCGAAUUGGAGGGUUUCAUAUACAGAUCUUCAAUGGAAGGCAACCGACGCAUCUGUAGUCAUGUUUUGUUCGGCAAUAAGGUUGCAUUUUCCAGUUUGGAGGAAAUGAGUAUUUCCUUCUUGACAAAGUUGAAGAUGAUAUGGGAGAACCCACUUCCACCAAAUUCAUUUCCCAAACUAAGAGAAAUCGACAUUUCACAUUUAUCAAACUUGAAAUAUAUUUGGAAAAACGGUCCCAAAGACAUUUUUUCAUUUAAAAAUCUACAUCGAAUAUAUGUUUGGAAUUGUGCGAGUCUGAAGAAUGUAUUUCCAGCCUCAGUAGCCAGAUAUCUCCCACAACUCAGUGGUCUUAUAAUAGCCCAUUGUGGAGUGGAGGAGAUUAUUUCCAAAGUAGAGGAAGGAUUGGAUUCGGAAACUACUGUCACUUUCGAGUUUGAUCAGCUGUCCUACCUUUGGCUUUGGGGGCUACGAGAAUGCAAAUGUUUCUACCCAGGUAGGCAUACCACAGAGUGGCCAAUGUUAAAAGAGUUAAAAGCAUACGAGUGUGGGGAAAUGAAGAUAUUUGGUACACAACUCAUCACUCACAACCAACAACUUGACUCCCAACCACCACUUUUCUUGGUUGAAAAGGUCAUCCCUAAACUACAACAUCUGGAAAUCGGUGAUGAUUACAUUGCAAUGAUAAGUGGUGGUCAAUUUCCAAACAACCUUUUCCAUCAAAUAAAAGCUUUUAGGGUGGAAGGCAACCGUAAUAAAUCAGAUAAUGAUUUCCAAAUUUCUUUCCUUGAAAGAUUCUACAAUCUAGAAGAGCUUUGUAUCCUUGAUUGUGAAAUCAAAGAGUUAUUCUAUACCGAAGGAGAUGCUGGUAAUAAGGGGACGUAUGAUGGGACACUGUCAACAAUUAGAAAAAUAGAACUGACACUUCUUGACAAUCUAAAACAUUACUUAUGGAAGCAAGACGUACAAGUGGACCGCAUUCUACCCAACCUUGAAACUCUUGAAGUUCACCAUUGUAGGAAUCUGAUGAGCUUAGGAUCAUCCUCAGCAUCGUUUCAAAAUCUCACCACCUUGAAGGUGUGGGAAUGCGAACGAAUGAAAUACUUAGAUACAUGUCUAGCAGUGCAGGGUCUGUCUCAACUCAAACAAUUGAUCAUAAGAGAAUGCAUUUCAAUGAAGGAAAUAGUUGGAAGUGAGGAAGAUGAAGCAACGUGCAACAUUAUAUUCAGCAGGUUGAAAAGUUUGGAACUUGUGAAUCUACCACGACUUCAGAGUUUUUGUUCAGGCAACCACACAUUUGGAUUGCCAUGUUUAGAGGAAGUGAUAGUGAGUGGCUGUCCUGAGCUGGAGAUAUUUUGUAAGGGAGUUUUAAAUGCGCCGUUGUUGCAAAGUGUAGAAUAUGGAAAAGGUAAAGAACAUUGGAGUGGUGACCUUGACAGCACUGUCCAACAGUUGCAUUCAAAAAAGGUUGGGUACCAAGGCAUCAGUCAUUUGAUCCUUUCCGAAUUUUCCAAGUCAAUAUGGAAGGAGAAAAGUGUAGAUUUCAAGAACCUCAAAUUUUUAGAAGUUGAGUGUAAUUGUAAUAGCUUGAAAUACAUAUUUAGCGUUUCCAUGGCCUUGGAACUUGUGCAAUUGAGAGAUAUAAGAGUUAAAAAAUGUCCCAUGAUGGAGUACAUUAUCAAGAAAGAAGCAGAGGAAACUGCGAUGGAUACAGUCUGCUUACCAAAUCUUGUGAAGAUAAGACUGGAGUCAUGUUCAGAUUUGAAAAGUUUUUGCAUGGGAAGUAUUACUCUGCAUUGUCCAUCUUUGAUAACAAUUGAAGUAGAUGACUGUCCAAAGAUGUACGCAAUGGCAUGUACAAGGGAGGUAGGUGGAGGAGAAAAGACACCCUUUUUCAAUGAUAAGGUUUUGUGUGCCAAUUUGGAUUGGUUGGAGCUAUCGUCCACUAACAUCCAGAAAUUAUGGCCAGAUGUACCACACAGUGCCAUAUCCUCUAGUGUUCAUAAGUUGCGAAUCUUAAUUGUGAAGGGUUGCCACAAUUUGGAAUAUAUAUUUCCAUCCUUUUCAAGAAAAAAUUUUGUGCAACUCGUUCAACUUCGCCUUGUCGAUUGCGACAACUUAGAAGAAGUGAUCUUUACAGAUGAAGCGACAGCAGAAGAAGAAGGGAUAACUGAGGCUUACUGGUUCACUAAACUAAAUCUAUUGGAGCUCAGUAGGCUUCCAAAAUUAGGGACAUUCUGUCAUGGAGAAAACUCAGAGACUGGUUCCCCAACCCUCUUCAACCAAAAGGUUGUGUUCCCUAACUUGAUCCAUUUGACCAUUCAAGGUAUUGGGAAGUGCAGAAAGAUAUGGCACGAUAAACCCAAUAUGAAUUCAUUUAAUGAAUUGACCUUCCUCUUGGUGAAAGACUGUGAAAGACUUUCAAAUAUUUUACCUUUUAGUAUGGUUAAAAUACUUGAAAAGCUAGAAACUCUGGUAAUAGAGGAAUGUAAGUCGGUUGAAGAAAUAAUUGGACCUGAUGACGAUCACUUACGCAAUUCCAAUGAGUCACACGCAGAAACAUCCGCCCAAUCGGUCGAACUCAAAUCAAUCACCAAGUUUGUGUUUCCUAAAAUAACAAAGUUGUAUCUUGGAGUGCUACCCAAGUUGAAGGGUUUCUACUCCAAGGUGCAUACUACGGAAUGGCCAUCCUUGGAAAAAUUGGUGGUGAGUGAUUGCAGCAAAGUAGAGAAUUUGGCUAGGGGGUAUAUCAACUUUGGAGAAACACAAGGAGAGAGCCAACCUCUGAUCUCUGUUCAACAACCCCUGUUUUGGGUCACUGAGGAAGCAUUCCCCAAUUUAGAAGAAUUACAUGUGAUUCGGAACAGAAAUAUGAAGGAGAUAUGGCAUGGAGCACUUCCAAACCUAUAUUUUCCCCAACUCACAAGAAUGUGUGUUAUAUAUUGCCAAAUGUUAAAAGAAAUCAUAGCUUCAACAACUGAUGAACUCAUGAAUGGCAUCGUUUUCUCCCAACUCAAGUCUUUAGAACUUGAUCGCCUUCCAAUCCUAUCAAGGUUCUGCACAGGGAAUUAUACCUUAGUAUUUCCUUCCUUGGAAGAAGUAAUCAUGAGACAUUGUCCAAAGAUGGAACUUUUCACAAAGGGAAAGUUAAGCACACCAAAGCUUCAUGGACUACAAUCAACUAAAGGUGAAUAUGUAGGGCUCUGGGAAGGCGACCUUAAUGCUGUCAUUCAACAGUUGUUUGUAGAAAAGGUUUUCCCGGGCUUGGAGGAUUUGGAGCUAUCUUCAAUCAGCAUUCAGCGAGCAUGGAAACACAAGCUUCUGGCCACACAUUCUUAUGCCCAAAAUUUAACAUGCUUGACUAUUAGGGGCUGUCAUAAUUUGAACUGCCUAUUCUCGUCCUCUAUGGUUAAAAGUUUUGUGCAUCUCAAGAAGCUAACGGUCGAAAACUGUGAGAAUGUGGAAAAUUGA